AUGGGCUUCAAGAGCUUUCUGAAGGGCAGCAAGGAGAAGCCCAAGCUGCUGAUUGGCGGGGGGGCAGAGCUGGAGCUUCCCAAGCACUUCCGCCUGCUUCGCAAGCUGGGGCAUGGCUCCUUUGCCACCGUGUGGGUGCCACCGGCGGCCGCCGCCAUGUACGAGGCGGAGCGGCUGACUGACGGCCAGCGGUACGCCCUCAAGGUCACCGAGCUGCGGGCGCUGAGCCAGCUGGACAAGGCGGCGGUGGUGGAGGAGAUCCGGCUGCUGGCCUCCCUGUCCCACCCCAACAUCAUUUCCUACUACGAAGCCUUCUGCGACCACGACAAGCUGUGCGUGGUGACGGAGCUGGUGGCGGGCGGCGACCUGGGCUCGUUCGUCGCCAAGCUGCGGCAGGACGAGGGGCUCCUGUGGGAGCGCGAGGUGUGGGCCUACUUCCUGCAGGUGGCGCUGGGGGUGCAGUACCUGCACCACAACCACGUGCUGCACAGGGACCUCAAGCCGCAGAACAUCAUGCUGACGCGGAAGGGCGGGGCGGGGCUGCUGAAAAUCGCGGACUUGGGGGUCAGCGCUGAGCUGGCGCUGGUGUUCACCAACAUACAGAUCGGCACCCCGCACUACAUGGCGCCGGAGAUGUGGAACCGCCAGGCUUACUCCUACUCAGCAGACAUCUGGGCGCUGGGCUGCAUCCUGCACGAGCUCUGCACCCUGCGCCCCACCUUUCUGAGCGACAGCACGCGCACGGAGGAGGACAUCAAGCAGCGGGUGCUGGCAGGGCGGUACGAUCCCAUCCCCGCCCGCUUCUCGCUGGACCUGUCCCGCCUGCGCCCCACCAUCGACGAGAUCAUGGGCAUGCCCGAGGUGCGCUCCAAGCUGGGCUACCUGCCGCAGGAGCUGCGGGACUGGCAGCUUCCGGAGGAGGGUGACGACAUGCGGCGCAUGAACUGCCUCAUGCCGCGCCCUCGCUACGCCACCGGCGGCGGUGUGGCCGACCUGCUGUGCCGCUCGGGAGGCACCCCACCCCUCCGCCGCUCAUUCAGUUCGCCAGACAUCGAGCGCCUGGCCGCCGCAGCCGCGGCAGCGGCAGGGGAGGGCGGCGGCGGAAGCGGUAGCGGCGGCGAGAGCGGAGGGCAGCGGGCGGCAGGUGGCGCCCGCGUGGGCAGCCCCCCGCGCCCCCGCUCCGCCGCCGGCCUCCUGGGCCAGCCUCCGGCUGACGACGGCAGCAGCGAGGGCAGCGGCGGCGGCUCCGACGGCGGCGACGGCUUUGCCAACGGCGGCGGCGGGGUAGGUGUGCACUACCGGCCGGGCAGCAGCCUGGGCAGCCUGGGUCUGGAGGAAGGCGAGGAGGCACGCCUCCGGCGCCGCUCCAUCAUGCUGGGGGAGCGCCCCGCUGGCCGCGGCGACGACCUGACGCGGCUGGCGGGCCCUCUGCCGCGCCAGCCGUUUGAGUUCUGUGCCUCGGCGGCGACCCCUCCUCCCGCCACGCCGCGGCACGUGGGCGCCGCCACCAAUGCUGAUGCUCCCACCCAGUCCGCGCAGCAGCAGCAGGGGCAGGGGCAAGGGCAGGGGCAGGGGCAGCACCCGCCCCAGCCCGCCACGCCCGCCGCCAGCGCCGGCGUGGGCGCCGCCGCCGCCUCCUCGGCCACCGAGCGGCGGCCCGAGGGGGACGCCGGGCAGAAGAAGAAGAAGAAGGCGGGGCGGGGCGGGCGGCUGUGGCGGCUGAUGUAUGGCGACCACGACUCCAGCAUGCACCAGGACUGGUUCUGA